AUGGAGCUCUCAACAUCCUCCCGUCCGCCCAAGGACAUCGACACGGCCUACACCAGGCCACUGGAGCCGGAGUCACCGGCUAAUUUUGUCACUGAAAAGGCUGGCAAGAGGCAGAGGAAGACUGUCACAAUGCCUCCCUCAGUCCUCAAAGGAGCCAGCGACAGCAUCUCCACAGCCACCUCUCGGCUGCAGAAGCAGUUUGAGGAGGCUCAGCAGCAACAGAAUUUACAGCAGAAGACUCUCAUCAGAUUGGCAAAGACUCUGAACAGCUGGGUUGAGAAGGAGAAGCAGUCAAGGGGGAAAAACUCUGCCCUCUCUGAGGUUACCCCUGCCAAGACUGCGGCUUCCCCAGCAGGCAGGGCUAGUGGAGCUAGCCUGCAGCCCAAAAGCACCAAGAAACGGGUCGCCCGGCUACAGCCAUAUGCUGUGCGGCAGGCAAUCAUUGCAAACAUUCAGGGGGUGGGGGAUGUGGCCAAUGUGCCGAAGGUGGAGCCCACCAGGACAGAUUGGGCGAUCACAUCAAAUGACAGAGGCAUAUGCAACACUCUGACCACCGAGAAGGCAGUGGCUACUCUCUGUGAAGUCCUUGGCGCCACGGAGAUCCGGCUACCAGAGCGGUGGUACAAUUAUGCUGUCCCAGGGGUCCCAGAAUUUGUCCAGGACUGGGAAGGAGCAAGAAUCCCCACAGACAAGAUGAUUGAGGGAGAGGUUCUGACUCAGGCAAAGGUAAAGCCAGUGAGCUGUCGACCCUCGCGUCAUGGAGUGAACCCCAAGACAGGGAAGAUUACAUGGAUUGUCUCCUUCCUUGCCCCGGUAAAGGGCUUCUCACUCUUCAAUGCCAGUGAGAGGGCCAGGCUGAUUGAGAAAAGGCCUUUGGCAGUGAGAUAUAACCCAGGAUGCCAGGGGUUCUGCCACCCACCAAAGUGUGCACAACUGGCAAGAUGCUCCAACUGCAGUGAGCCCACAAGUCAGCAUGAGGGGCCAACAGGCGCGGAGUGCAAGAGAGCGCCAAGAUGUGCCAACUGCUGCCAACCCUACCCAGCUGGGCAUCAGCACUGCCCUGCCGCACCCAGGCGCGAGAAUGGCACCCUCAGGCGCCUAACUCAAAAAGAGCUAGCAGCUGUUCGCCGCCUUGGCGACAGGUGCCACAGGGAUGCUCAGGAGCGACAACCGCCGCCAGCACAGCCAGCGCCAAUGGUCACAGUGGUGGUACCUACACCAACCACUCAGUCAGCCCAGUCAACACAGCCCGCUGGGCUAGCACCCCGCAAGCGGGCGGCUACUCAGAGUUCCAUCAGUGAGGAGGAUGCCACCUGGCAGAUGGCCCGCACCAGGCGACACUCAGCUUGCACAGCAGUGCGGCAGCACAGUCAAGCAGCUAAAGUACAAUCUGACUUCAGCAUGCAGACGGCAGGUCUGAAGGCCUUCAACCUCAUUCUGCAGAUGAACUUCAGCAGCAGCUCACCAAGUGACUCCUCAUGCUAG